AUGCGAUCGUUGAGAGAGAGUCCAAGCAUGGCCCUCUCCAUAGGUCGGUCGAGUAGAAUCGGUGGAUCAGUCGCAGUGUCCCCAACGCCUGCGGUAUCCCCAGUAUGUCGCCGGCAGUGGGGGCUCGCGGCGCGGCUGGACGCGCUGCACGUGGCGCACGCCGCCGCGCGCCGCCGCCUCGACGCCACGCGCGCCACGCUGCACCAACACAACAAGAAAGGUAACUAUAUACCUGCCUCACUCUACACGACGCUCUCACAUACCCCGACUCACGCGUACCUUGUAUCCACAGGCAAAAAACAAAAGCUGAACCCGGCGCAGCAAGCUAAAGUACAACUAGUAGCUGAACAGCUCGGAGAACUCACCGUACUCAUGAACACUACUUCCAAGGAAAUGCAAGCAGCUGAAAAGCAAGUUGUAGACUUCACGCGACGGUUGCAAAAUUGCGAACGACAGUUAGCAGAGUCGAGGGCCGUGCAAGGCAAACCUGACAGGCCCACACAUACUCAGCUGGAGCAAGCAGCGCUACAGAACAAACAGCAACAGCUGCAACAACAGCAACAGCUGCAACAACAACAACAACAACACUUGCAGCAACAGCUACAGCAACAACAGGCCGCUACUGCUACGUUCAUUAGCGAGGCGGGCGGUGGCAUGGUAUGCGUACGUCGGGCGCCGCCAGAUGGAGCCACUGCGCUACCCAAGCAUACAGUGGCCACAGUCCCCGAGGAACCGUCCGGACGCAAGCAAACCUGGGAGCAAGCACUAGCGCACAUUAACCAACUAGCCAAGGGCACGAACAAGGAAAAGAAGAAACACAAGGAACAGACGAAACAGCAAGACAAAUCAAGCAAGGAUGUUAAAGAAUCCGCGAAAGUCAACGCGACGCAACCUGAACAGCCACUGUCCAAGAAGCAGAGGAAACUGCUGGCCAAACAACAGGCGGAAGAAGAAGAAAAGAAGAAACAACAACAGCAAGAGGCGAAAACGAAAAAGACAGCAGAAGUGAAAAAAGCCGACCCACCGAAACCCGAACCCGCCAAGACUAAAGCAGAGAAGAAAGCGGAGACCAAGAAGGAGAAGAAGGAAGAAAAGAAGAAGGAGAAAGCAGAGAAGAACGAAAAGAAAGGAAAGGAAAAUAAACAGGAGAAGACGCCCCAACCGCAGCCGAAGACGAAACAACCCGUCCAACAACAACAGCAGCAACAACAACAAGCGACAACAAAGAAGGAGAACAAGAAGCAACAACAGCAACAGAUGCAACAGUUGCAGCAACAGAAGUCGCAAGCCAUUAAUAUUACUCCAGAUACCACAAUUGAAGUUGUUAGCAAGAAGAACCAGUGCAGCAAUGAGUUGGAGAAGCCAGCCUCAUGCAGCAUCAUGGAACAGCUCAGCUGUGGAGUACAGGUAGCGGAUCUGAAGCUGCCCCCAGGUAUAACCCUGACGAGGGUACAGCCCUCGGACAAGAAGGAACCACCGCCUAUCAAGUCUGUCCCGCUUUGGAAGGCCGGCCAGCUCCCCGCCGCGCCGACCCCCGUGGCCAGGCCGGCGCCCAUCAUCAACGCUGACCCAGCCAACGUCAUGUUCAGCACUGCGCAUCCCGAACCGCCGAAACCGGUGAUAAUAGCCGAGCCGCCCCCCGUGCCUGGCAAAUCGAAGAAGGCCAAGAAAAAGGCCAAAAAGGCCGCCGCGGCCGCCGAAGAAAAACAAGACGGGUCCAAGAUCGUCACCCUGAGGAACCCCAUGUUCCAUCCUAACCUCCCACCGGUCCAGAUAAGCAAUCAGCCGGCGAAGAAACAGGAACAGAUUCGAGUCCCCGACCCGAUACCGAUGCCGCCGAACGCUUGCCAAGCGACUAUCACCCCUACGUCAAACGGAAUGUUCACUAUAAGAAAUCCUCUAAUGACGAUGAUGCACCAACAAAGUAUGAUGGGCGUCAGAGCUCAAAGUCCUCAACUCAACCCCAUGUACCCCCAGCAAUAUAACUAUGUGAACCCGAACAGUUACAGCCAAUGCGCCGACCCACCCAAAUCCGACGAUUUCCAAACACGAAUCAUGAAUUUGGCGUCGUUCACGCAAAAGAACGAUGAAGGAUACUCUUUAUUUAAAACCCCCGACGAUCAGCAACAAAGGAACUUCCUCACACCGGAAUACUUGGAAAACCAAAGCCCCAAGUCUGUCGUUUCCCCGAAUCCUAUAGGAACUAGACCGGACACGAGCCGAGGCUUCGAAUCGGAUAUAUCUCUAUUCGCCAACCCGAUACAACGGCCUGAGCCUAUAGGGACGCCUAUGAAGCAAGAAGACCAACAGUAUACCGGUCUAUACACUCCGUUCGGUCAGGAAGACCGGAACGUGUUCAGGAACGCGCUUUUCAGUGAUAAAAGCGAUGAUAAAGGGUUAAAGCACGUCGCGAAUGGAGACUCGUUGCCAUAUUUCCAAAGGCUUAGAGUCGGAGCGAAGCUGAACAAUGAAGUUUCUAUCCACCGCGUUACUGACUCCAAGUUCUACAAGGGGCAGGAGCCCGGUCACCCUCUAGAGUGCGGAGUGUGUGAGGAGUCCCUCUUCAGCAGACCGGCCCACGCCUGGCCCGACCAGCUGUACUCCGCUGCCAUUAAACCAGGAGCGCAAUCAGCCCGCAGCUCCCCCACGGGGUCGUCCGUCCAGUCUACCAGCAGUGGGGGCGGUGGGGUCAGCCAGUUGCCCCCCGGCGCGGGCCCCGCCACCCCGCCUGCCGAUGACCGAAGGUUCGGUCCCAUCGGAGCUCGGCAUGCGCACCCAGAAUCGAGCGUAUUCCUCCCCGACUCCAGCAUAACGAAUCUAUCGGUACUUGAAGUGUCCGAACGGGAAAUCGAAUCCUUCAAACGGUUCGACUUUUACUUCGAGCCGCCACAGCACAAGCCGAAAGUACAACUAGACGUCAGAGAUAUCGCCGCGGCCUUAAGGCAAAACCACAAGUAAACGGACACGCCCCUUUUCACUAAAAUUACCCACUUUUUCUAGGCAUUCGACUUGGUGAGGACUUUGCUAGUUUUGUUUCAAUCUUUUACAGUAAUUACAACAAGUUUAAGACACGCCCCUUUUCACAAAUAUUGCGUAUUCUUGUCGGCUUUCUGUGUUUUCGUUCAGUAUAAAUGUAAAAUGAAACAGCUAGUCAUUCAAUCAACGACCUGAAUGACUAGAUUUCUCAUUUAAUCUGUUAGUUCAAGGGUGAAGGGAUUUUUAUGGAAACAGACUAGCUGCCUGGCCGGCUAGGCCGUUAAUAAGUCAUUCAAUAAAUGAUAUAGCUAUAGAUGGUAGCUUUUUAUUUGCGAUGGCAACACCAUUUCUGUGCGGGUCGCAGUUGUAACCUACUAACCUACCAUUCUGGUGGUAAGUCU